AUUCUAACAAAAGCCUUCUUCUUCGUUCCGAUGCUUCCAAAACACAGCUGAAAUCGCCGGUGGUAGCCCUCUGCUCUGGCUAACUCCUCCGCCACGGCCUCGAAGAGCCGCCCGAUGAAGAUACUGUGCGACGUGUGCGGCCAAGAGUCGGCCUCGGCGUUCUGUUGCGCCGACGAGGCCGCCCUUUGCGAUGCCUGCGACCGCCGGGUCCACCGGGCGAACAAACUCGCCGGCAAGCACCGCCGCUUCUCCCUCUCCGCGCCCUCGGCCCAGUCGCAUCCCCUCUGCGAUAUCUGCCGGGGGAAGCGAGCGUUCUUGUUUUGCCAAGAGGAUCGCGCGAUUCUUUGCAAGGAUUGCGACGAGUCUAUCCACAGCGCCAACCAUCUCACCAUGAAGCACAAUAGGUUCCUCCUCACCGGCGUCCGUCUUUCCCCGGCGCCGAUAUCCUCUUCUUCCUCUACCGAGCCGGAGUCGGAGGCGACGCCGGCUAAAGAUAGUGCUAAAACCGCCGUUCCGGUGAGCGACCAAAACAAGAUCUUGAUGGCCAACUCUUCCUCCCCCACCACCGCCACCACCACCAGCUGCAGUACCACCAGAAGUAGCGCCGCCAGGCCCGCGACUGCAUCCACCACCGUCUCCGCCGCUACUACCAGCAGCAUCUCGGAGUACCUAACCAAGAUGUGCCCUGGAUGGUGCGUCGAGGACCUUCUCGUCGACGAUGCAGGCGGCGUUUCGGUGGAGGAUUUCGCGAAGGGUAACGAGUUGCUCCCGUUCCUGGAGCCGGAUCUGGACGGCGGCGCGCAGGAACCGACGGCGGAUGACUUCCCAGUGUGGGCGGCGCAGGUGCCCCAGUUCCCUUCGCCGUACUUCUCCCCCGCCGGCCUCGGACACCGCCAGACGUGGCACGCGAACAAGGAGGCAGGUGCCACCUACCAGCGGGCCGCGGAGACCGUGUCAGAGCAGGGGAGCGAGGACAUAUUCAUGGUGCCACAGAUUUCCCCUGCGCCUACUCCCAACAAGAGGGCGAGACGCUCGCUCUGGCACUGCUGAACCGCCGCCCAUUCGCCUCACCUCGUCGGCGCCUCUGUUCCCAGCACCUCCGAAAAGCUUUGAUUUUCCAGAAUAAUUUAGUGUAAUCUUUUGCAGCGAGAGGUUUCUAGUUGGCUGGAAUUCCAGAUUUCCAAGAUCUUAUCCAGUUCACGAAUUGAUAUCUCAAGGCUGAUGAACUUCUGAUGUGAUCGGUCAGCAUCUGAAUCCAUCAAACAAGAAAAAAGCUUGUAAAAAAAUUUCUUGUAAGAUAGACCUUACGCAGGAUCGACUAGAACAUUUCUCGAGCUUCAAUGAUGAUAACUUUGUUGUUGUUUU